CCACCAAACAGACAAACCAUGCUGGCAAAUAUAGCUCUUAAGAUCUUACUGCUCAACUGGAUGUUAGAUGGCACUCUUGGACAAUCUUAUUGUUCCGACUGUUCCCCGACAAAUAACCAAUACGCCUGUUUAAAUGAGACUGCCUAUGGUCUUUGCUUCGGUCAGGGAACUGUGGAUGAAAGUGCAGUGACAAACUGUCGGGAGGGCUACUACUGCGUCCUGGCGGGAUUCUGUGCGACCAUGGAUUCAGCGGAACCGGCUUGUGUCACUGAUAUUUCUACGACCACAACGGAUUUGGUAACAGAUUCGACGACCGAUUCGAGUAGCCUGGAAACCACAGAGUCUACAGUGACCACAGAGAGCACUACAAUGGAGACGACGGAGUCUACGGAAACCUCGGAUUCUACUACUUCUGGAAUAACAACGGAUUCGAGUACCCAGGAAAGCACAGUGACCACAGGAAGUACUACAAUGGAAACUACGGAAUCUACAGAAACCACUACUUCUGAAAUCAGUUCAGAUUCCACUACUUCCAAAAUAACAACGGAUUCGAGUACUCAAGAAACCACAGAGUCUACAGUGACCACAGCAUCGACUACAAGGGAAACAACGGAUACUACUACUUCUGAAAUAACAACAGAUUCCAGUACUCAAAAGUCCACCAAGUCUACAGUGACUGAAAGUUCGACCACGCCAGUUACCAUAACUGCUGAUUCUACUACUCCUAUAUUUACCACGGAUUCCAGUACUCAAGAAACCACGGAGUCUACAGUGACCGAAACUUCGACACCAGUAAUCACUACAGAAUCCAGUACAGAUUCCACAACAUCUAUUAUUACAACAGAUUCGAGUACCGAAUCCACCACUCCUGCUAAUACAACAGAUUCUAGCACUCUACCCACAACUUCUGAACCAACUACUGAGUCCACUAGCACUCCAAGUACUACUACAGAGUCUUCUGAAGUAGAUCCCAACGUCUAUUGCGCUAAGUUAAGGAGCAAAGGCUACUUUCGAGUUGAAACAGAUACAACGUGUCAAAUGUAUGUCUACUGCUAUAAACUGAGCCAGGAUUACCUGGGUUGGCUGUAUUACUGCAACACGAAUCAAUACUACAAUUCAGAUACGGAGGCCUGUCAACCCACUCGACCAAGCAAUUGCUAG